CGGCGGCGGGGCACUGGUUCUGUGGGAGCCGCAGCAAGCCGGCGACGUUACCUCCCUGCGAGCCUCUGAGGGGGCCGCCGGGCCUUGUCCUACCGCAGUGGCCACGCCGCCGCCGUCCCGGCCCCGGUGUUUGGGACACCGAAGCCUCCCCGUGCCGGCAGCGCGCAGCCCCCUCGCCCGGCCCGGCGAGUCCCGGGCGUGAACCGCGCUGACGGAGGAUGGCAGCCUCCGGGGUGGAGAAGAGCAGCAAGAAGAAGACCGAGAAGAAACUUGCCGCCCGCGAGGAAGCUAAACUGCUGGCAGGCUUCAUGGGCGUCAUGAAUACCAUGCGGAAACAGGUGGAGCUAGUGGAAGACAGAUCCUCCUGUACGUGUUAAUUUAGAGCAGAAACAGUCGUGGAUAAAUACCGUGCCAUCUAUUAGGGGCACCGUGCGCCUCUUGUUCUUAAGACGAGUUCUUUGUUCUGUCUUUGAUGUGUGGCGUGUUAGUGAAAGUCUUCAGCACGACGGCAAAAGUGAUUUAAAUCCACCACCCAACUAUAGUUGAAUCUACAGUCCACCCAGGGAUUUGUACCCAGGGUCAACUUGAAAUCACGCUGAGAGGGACUGAUUGCAAAACCUUGUUGACAAGCUACAUAAAUCCAAAGGCGGAGCAGCUGAGGAAUGGGAACAGUCUUCUCCUGCCAUAGAUAGCAGCAAGCCUGUCCCACUGAACUGUGUGCCACUUUGGGGGCAGAUUCGUGGAAGAAGAGAGAGCCAGGAGGCCCAGCCCUGUGUGGUCAGUGACCCUGACCAUGCUCUUGCUCAUCCUGUAGUCACUCUCCCACAAAUGGUGGAUGGAGAAGAGGACGGAAACUUCCUUCCCAGUACUUACCCUCCACAAGCGGAAGAAAGAAAAACAUUGUGCGAUGUGAUCCUUAUGGUCCAGGAAAGAAAGAUACCUGCUCAUCGUGUUGUCCUUGCUGCAGCCAGUCAUUUUUUUAACUUAAUGUUCACAACUAACAUGCUUGAAUCAAAGUCCUUUGAAGUGGAGCUCAAAGACGCUGAGCCUGACAUCAUCGAACAGCUUGUGGAAUUCGCUUACACCGCUAGAAUUUCUGUGAAUAGCAACAAUGUUCAGUCUUUGUUAGAUGCAGCAAACCAGUACCAGAUUGAACCUGUGAAGAAAAUGUGUGUUGAUUUUUUGAAAGAACAAGUUGAUGCUUCAAAUUGUCUUGGUAUAAGUGUGCUGGCAGAGUGUCUAGACUGUCCUGAAUUGAAAGCAACUGCAGAUGACUUCAUUCAUCAGCAUUUUACUGAAGUUUAUAAAACUGAUGAAUUUCUACAACUUGAUGUCAAGCGAGUUACACAUCUCCUCAACCAGGACACUCUGACUGUAAGGGCAGAGGAUCAGGUUUAUGACGCUGCCGUCAGGUGGUUGAAAUACGAUGAACCUAACCGCCAGCCAUUUAUGGUUGACAUCCUUGCUAAAGUCAGGUUUCCUCUUAUAUCAAAGAAUUUCUUAAGUAAAACAGUACAAGCAGAACCACUUAUUCAAGACAAUCCUGAAUGCCUUAAGAUGGUGAUAAGUGGAAUGAGGUAUCAUCUCCUAUCUCCAGAGGAUCGAGAAGAGCUGGUAGAGGGCACAAGGCCCAGAAGAAAGAAACAUGACUACCGCAUCGCCCUAUUUGGAGGCUCCCAACCACAGUCUUGUAGAUAUUUUAACCCAAAGGAUUAUAGCUGGACAGACAUCCGCUGCCCCUUUGAAAAACGAAGAGAUGCUGCAUGCGUGUUCUGGGACAACGUAGUUUACAUUUUGGGUGGCUCUCAGCUUUUCCCCAUAAAACGAAUGGACUGCUAUAAUGUCGUUAAAGAUAGCUGGUAUUCCAAACUGGGCCCUCCAACACCUCGGGACAGCCUUGCUGCCUGUGCUGCAGAAGGCAAAAUUUAUACAUCUGGAGGUUCCGAAGUUGGAAACUCAGCUCUGUAUUUAUUUGAGUGCUAUGAUACGAGAACUGAAAGCUGGCACACAAAGCCCAGCAUGCUGACUCAGCGCUGCAGCCAUGGGAUGGUGGAAGCCAAUGGCCUGAUCUAUGUUUGUGGUGGAAGUUUAGGGAACAAUGUUUCUGGGCGCGUACUGAAUUCCUGUGAAGUCUAUGAUCCUGCCACAGAAACAUGGACUGAGCUGUGUCCAAUGAUUGAGGCCAGGAAGAAUCAUGGAUUGGUGUUUGUGAAAGACAAGAUAUUUGCUGUGGGUGGUCAGAAUGGCUUAGGUGGUCUGGACAAUGUGGAAUAUUAUGACAUUAAAUUAAAUGAAUGGAAGAUGGUCUCACCAAUGCCAUGGAAGGGUGUAACGGUGAAGUGUGCAGCAGUUGGCUCUAUAGUUUACGUCUUGGCUGGUUUUCAAGGUGUGGGUCGAUUAGGACACAUCCUUGAAUAUAACACUGAGACAGACAAAUGGGUCGCCAACUCCAAAGUCCGAGCUUUUCCAGUAACAAGUUGUUUAAUUUGUGUUGUUGAUACUUGUGGAGCAAAUGAAGAAACCCUAGAAACAUGAUAAAUGAGUGAACUUUAAGACUCACUGGAGACUCAAAAAUAUGGCCACCAGUGCUUUGUUCCAAGAGUUUGGUUACGAAGUUUUAGUUUGGUGUUUUGUUUUUUUCAAGGAAGUUUCAAGUAACGUAAGAUCCCUAUAAAAUAGAUUUUCUUUUAUAUGGAUUUCCUUACUUAAUUCAAAGACCGUAUUUCAGCUGGCCACAUAACCAAGAACAUAUCUAGCAAAAAAAAACCUUGCAGAAUUAUAAGCACUUGGUGAAAAUAUUAAUUCUUAAAUGAAUUUCACAUUUGUAACUGAUUAUGGCAGAAUGGGGGACUGACUCACCAUUGAAGCAAUCUCAUCGUAGCUCUAGAUUCUAUUUUCAUACGUCAUAGAAGUGCUAUGUAGUUAGGUCUGCUUGUUUCUGUUCAGUCAAUAACUAAGAAAUAGUAUGAAUUGUAAGUCAAAGAUUGGCAGUUCUGGUGGAGCAGCUUAGUCUCACACAGUUCUGGUUGUCUUCAUUUGUUCCAUUUAGUGCCAAAUGUAUUCCAUUUUAAAAGCAAGCCAUGGUGAGUCAAGGCAGACACAUAUCUCACAAAACUUCAUAAAUACAUUUUGGGAGUUAAAAAUGUACCCAACUCCUCAUGAAAUAUAUUCAGUCCAAUUAAAUAAUUCCAUCUUUUUAACACAAAAUGUCAAGCUUAGCACCCAUCACUAAUUUACAUCACUUUUUUUAACCAGGAGUUAAAAAAGGAUCAUUCCUUUUCAGUGCUCACUCUGUUAAAUAAAAUCCAAUCAUUAUAAGAAUUAUUACCUAGCAAAAAGAAAGCUACUUGUAGCAAGUUUCUAGGUCACUAGAAUAGCACUGAUAGUUAUACACUUUGAACUUCUUAUAGAUUAAAAAGGUACGUGAUUUCUUUUCCUUAGCACGUCAGCAAUAUUUGACCCAGUUGUCUCUAAAAGUUUUGUAAUUGAGUUAAAUAUUUGUCAUCUUGUAUUAAUUGCUUAUGUUUGGUCAGUAAAUCUUUUACAAACCCAACUGUUCAUUUCUUUCCUAUUAAUGUUUUGCCCUUUUACAUUAUGAAGUGUAUGAAAUGAGCUGCGUAAAGCUGUCACCAUCAAUGUUUUUACCUGAUAAUAUUAAAUAUUUUUAA